CGUGAACUGAGGCAAGAAUCAGCGAUAAAUCGAGAUCGAGAGGUCAGAAGAGGGAGCGAAUUUGGAUCGAUGUCUGGGUGCGGCAUCCGAGCUCUCUGGGUCCUCAACACCCAAGACGCCGUCGUCUUCUCCAAGUAAGGAAGGGCUUCCUCUUUGGAGAAGCGAUGGCGCUCGUCUUGGAAGAGGGAGAGCGAGGGCUCCGGCUCGACUCUGCAGCCUCUGCUUCCCGAUGACGCCGAGUUGUCUGCGGCUUUCGCCACGAGAAAGGGAAGAGAAGGUUCUGCACGUGGUUUUGGCAUUCGUGUUGGUCAGUCUGCUCAAGGGUCAGAUUCUUGGAUUGAUGAUCCUAUCACACGCCAUAUUAUAACACUCCGUAUUAAUAGAGAUGAAGGGGAUGAGUUUUCUUUAUGGCCGUUGGUGUUACAUAUAAAGGGUGGUUAUUGCAUUAUUAUUCUGCCUUUGGUUGAGCCUCAACAUUAUAAGUCAUAUGAGAGAAUGUGCAGCAGAUCUGACUGUGGAAACUUGAUUGGGUUAGAAGACAGUCUCUCUUCUCUUCUUCUUGAUCUACCGUGCAUCACAGGCGCAUUCAUGGUCGCUCAUGCUAUCGGAGAUAUAGUUACUGGUGAUUUGGUAGAUCCAGAAGUAAUCGUUAGUUCAUCUCCCUCUGUAGGAGGGUUAUUGGAUUCACUGACUGGUAGCAUCGGCAUAACCAGCAUUUCUGCAAGAGCAAAACCUAUUGCCGCACCAGUGGCAGGUUCAUCAACUUCAAGUGCUUCCACAGUUGGCUCUGUCAUAUCAGAUGCUCCGAGAAGCACUUCCAAACCUGUUGACAAAGAAGUGCUGCGCAGUUUCAUUAGCAGCUCAAUGCCCUUUGGAACACCUCUAGACCUCAAUAUUUCCAAUAAUUUUGCUAUCAGAAUGACUGGAUUUUCUACAUCAGAUCUGCCACCCGCAGACCUCAAGCAACCUGCAUGGAAGCCGUACCUUUACAAAGGAAGGCAACGGAUACUGUUCACAAUUCAUGAAACCAUCUAUGCUUCAAUGUAUGAUCGGGAGGAAAUUCUGGAUGCUAUUUCUGUCUCUGGUCAGGUAAACUGUAGAGCAGAGUUAGAAGGAUUGCCAGAUGUGUCAUUUCCGUUGAUGGGGCUAAGAUUUGCUCGUGUUGACAUUUCAUCUUUCCAUCAUUGUGCUCAAGUAUCAGAACAAGGUGUCGAUAAACAGUCAAUGAUGUUUUCUCCACCACUUGGAAAUUUUGUGCUGAUGCGCUAUCAGGCCCUUUGCAGUUUUGAUCCUCCAGUUAAAGGCUUCUACCAGCUGUCAAUGGUCUCGGAAGACGAAGGUGCAUUUUUAUUCAGGCUACGAUUGAUGGAAGGGUACAAGUCACCCUUGUCUAUGGAUUUUUGUACUGUUACCAUGCCUUUUCCUCGGAGAAGAGUGGCAUCUUUUGAUGGAAUCCCCUCUAUAGGGACAGUUUCAAUGUCUGAGCAUUCUGUUGAAUGGAAAAUUAUUAUUACUGGCCGGGGUAUUACUGGAAAAAGUUUAGAAGCAGCUUUUUCAGGAACAAUUCGUUUUUUCCCAAGACUAAGUCGAAGAGUAUCUUCAUUACCUAGGUCUACAUCCGGAAUUGAGAGUGAAGAAGAUAGUGACAGUGAAGAAGGUUCUAGUAACAACACUAAUAUGGAUGAGUUGUUAAUGGAGAAAAUGACCAAGGAUGUACAGCCUGUAGACUUGGAGGAGCCUUUUUGUUGGCAAGCAUACAAUUAUGCGAAAGUGUCAUUUAAAAUUUUGGGUGGUACACUCUCAGGAAUGUCAAUUGAUCCAAAAUCUGUAAGCAUUUACCCUGCUGUAAAAGCACCAGUGGAAUCCACUAUGCAGGUAUCUUCGGGGGAUUAUAUAUUGUGGAAUACGCUUGGAAGAUGCCCUUUUGCUUCCUCCCCCCAACCUUAGCAACAAUAGAAUUUUAUCAUCCUUUUCUAGUUUUUAGCCGCAUAUAGUCAUAUUCAGCAGAAUAAACUGUGGAUCCUUCUUUUUCUUUGGGAUCUUGUAUGAGGAGAAAACCCAUCUUCACGAUAUUAUUGAGAAUCUCGAUGGAGUCUUGCAUUGUUCUUGCUCAUUUUUUGGAAACUGAUGAGGAUGUCUUAUAUUUUGAUAGUUA